UUUGUCCAGCGCAGUCGCGCGAGCAAGGCCAGUGGGGGCGUGCGGUUUGCGCCGCCACAGGGGAGGCCGCGCGGGCAGGCCCAGGGCCGCCUCGAGGAGCACACGGGAGCCGCAAGGGGGAGCGGGGGCAGCGGCGCAGCCGCACCGGCAUGGCAGGAGGCCUGUUGCUUGACAAACGCCUGGCGCGGCCUUCUCUUUGCACAGACGCCCGAUGUGAGCUGUGCGUGCAAGUUUGCAGCUGCAUAUGGUAGGAAACUUCCCCCCCAUCCCCCUAUCACCUCCCUCUGCGCGAGGCUGAUGGUGGGUGUCUACUUGGGUGCUCGCUCACUUGCCCACCUCCAUGCGAGCGGCCUGGCGCGCGGCGUUGGCGGCAGCUGCGUUUCCGGCGUCCUUGGCGCCCUUGACCCCCGCAGACGGCUUGGUCCUGAGCUGGAAGAGCGCGGUCGAGCCAGGGCUGGGAGAGCACGAGGGCGGGGGCAAGUUCAGCAGGUCCACCUCGCGCUGCGUGUUGCCCACGUGGAAUAGACAGGAGGGGAGGAUGACGGCACUGUUGUCGGUGCCACCGCUCAUUGCUCGGUUGCCUUGUGAUGACCAAGAGAGCCCCCCAAAAAUAUUCACACGAAGAUCAAUCCUGUGCGCCCUUGAGCCCGACGCAAUUAAAUAACGAAUGUUGCAUGCAAGCAAUUCAGGUCAGGAUGGCAGAAGACCGCAAGGUGGGAGAGAUAGAGAGAGAGGCAUACAACCAAUCCGCUCCAAGCCUCAAAUUUCAAAACGUCAAGAGUGGAGAUACGCGCGACCCCCCGGAGACAACUUGCUCGCCUCAGCGUCCCCCAACCGAGUUCCCUCAGCGUCUUCGUGGUCAAGGCCAUGUAGAAUC